GCUAUCAAAACUAUAGCUGACCACUAAGUAUAUCACGGCAAAUAACUGAGAAAACCUUUGCCCACUUAUACAUUUAAGUGCAAGGUGUAUCCCCCUCCCCUUGCACAUUUCCCCCACACACACACACAAACCUUAUCCGAAGGGCUCUGAUUUUACGCUGACAAGUAGUGAAGAAUAUCAACACCUUUUCCCCCUGGAGGGGUUGAAUAUUGACACAUUUAUCUGUCUGGGACUACGAGGUUGUAGUUUGUCAUCUUGUGCCUUUGAGGACAUUUUGUAUCAGAACUGCAUCCGUGUAUCUGGACUUUGUCAGAGUGAGAACUUGGUUUCACCAGACAUAGCCCAUUCGUCGUUUCUUGGGUAGCUAGAAUGGCUACUUUACCAGGAACGGUUCCUCGGAUGAUGCGCCCCGCGCCAGGCCAGAAUUAUCCCCGCACUGGCUUUCCACUGGAAGUGUCAACCCCUCUGGGCCAAGGGCGCGUGAACCAGCUCGGUGGAGUGUUCAUCAACGGGAGACCGCUUCCAAACCAUAUUCGACACAAGAUCGUGGAGAUGGCCCACCACGGCAUCCGGCCCUGCGUUAUCUCGAGACAGCUGCGAGUUUCUCACGGUUGUGUCUCAAAAAUCCUCUGUCGGUACCAGGAGACUGGUUCGAUUCGUCCCGGUGCUAUAGGAGGCAGCAAGCCCAGGCAAGUAGCAACACCCGACGUUGAGAAGCGGAUCGAGGAGUACAAGCGAGAGAACCCGGGAAUGUUUAGCUGGGAGAUCCGUGACAAGUUACUGAAGGACGGCGUGUGCGACAGAAGCACGGUUCCUUCAGUGAGCUCCAUCAGCCGUGUGUUGAGGGCCCGAUUUGGCAAGAAAGAUGAUGAAGAUGAUUGUGAUAAGAAGGAUGAGGAUGGAGAGAAGAAAACCAAACACAGCAUAGAUGGCAUCCUUGGUGACAAAGGUAAUCGCACAGACGAGGGCUCGGAUGUGGAGUCGGAGCCCGACCUGCCCCUGAAGAGGAAGCAGCGGCGCAGUCGCACCACCUUCACGGCCGAGCAGCUGGAGGAGCUGGAGAAGGCCUUUGAGAGGACGCACUACCCCGACAUCUACACUAGGGAGGAGCUGGCCCAGAGGACCAAGCUCACCGAGGCCAGAGUACAGGUGUGGUUCAGCAACAGAAGAGCCAGGUGGCGCAAGCAGGCCGGAGCCAACCAGCUGGCAGCCUUCAACCACCUGCUGCCUGGUGGCUUCCCGCCCACUGGGAUGCCCACCUUGUCUUCGUACCAGCUCCAGGAGGCCAGCUACCCAGGUGACACUCUCUUACGGGGCGUGUCAGAUGGCAGCAGUACGCUGCACCGCCCCCAACCCCUCCCUCCAUCCUCCAUGCACCAGGGUGGGCUAACAGACACUAGCUCUGCCUACGGCCUCUCAUCCAAUCGCCACGGCUUUGCCAGCUACUCAGACACCUUCAUGAGCCAAUCAGCAUCCAGCAACCACAUGAACCCGGUCAGCAACGGUCUCUCCCCACAGCCCUCCUCCCACCAUGAACAUAGCACUGAGUAUCACUCCAGGUAA